AUGCAAUGGUCUAUUUUUCGCUGUUAUAGCAGGUUGAUUGAAGGUAAUGAGGAGAGAGAAGUGAGUGAAUCUGAGGAGAAGAAACCUUACAAGUGUUCACACUGUGACAAGAAAUUCAGUCGGUCAUCAAGUCUGAAACUACAUGAGAGGAUCCACACUGGAGAGAAACCUUACAAGUGUUCACACUGUGACAAGAAAUUCAGUCAGUCAGGAAACUUUAAAACACAUGAGAUGACCCACACUGGAGAGAAACCUUACAAGUGUUCACACUGUGACAAGAGAUUCAGUGUGUCAUCAAGUCUGAAACUACAUGAGAGGAUCCACACUGGAGAGAAACUGCACACAUGUGAUCAGUGCGGGAAGAGUUUCACGAUAAAAGCAAACCUUACGUCACACAUGAGAGUUCAUACUGGAGAGAAACCGUUCACUUGUGAUCAGUGCGGAAAGAGUUUCUCACGAUCAGAAAACCUUAUGACACACAUGAACAUCCACACUAGAGAGAAGCAGUACACAUGUAAUCAGUGUGACAAAACAUUUUUGAGGGCUCCAGAACUGAAGCAACACCUGAGAGUUCAUACAAAGGAUAAGCCACAUUCGUGUAAUUUGUGUGGAAAGAGUUUUUCAUGUCCAGAACAUGUAAAAUUGCAUCAGAAAAUACAUGCUGCUGUGAGAGAUUACAUGUGCUUUGAGUGUGAAAAGACUUUUACUACAGCGAGCCAUUUAAAACUGCAUGAGAAGAUUCACACUGGAGAGAAACCUUACAAGUGUUCACACUGUGACAAGAGAUUCAGACUGCCAACAACUAUGAAAACACAUGAGAUGAUCCACACUGGAGAGAAACCUUACAAGUGUUCACACUGUGACAAGAGAUUCAGUGUGUCAUCAAAUCUGAAAAAACAUGAGAUGAUCCACACUGGAGAGAAACCUUACAAGUGUUCACACUGUGACAAGAGAUUCAGUGUGUCAUCAAGUCUGAAACUACAUGAGAGGAUCCACACUGGAGAGAAACCUUACAAGUGUUCACACCGUGACGAGAGAUUCAAUCAGUCAGGACACCUGAAAGCACAUGAGAUGAUCCACACUGGAGAGAAACCUUACAAGUGUUCACACUGUGACAAGAGAUUCAGUGUGUCAUCAAAUCUGAAAACACAUGAGAUGAUCCACACUGGAGAGAAACUUUACAAGUGUUCACACUGUGACAAGAGAUUCAAUCAGUCAGGACACCUGAAAACACAUGAGAUGAUCCACACUGGAAAGAAACCUUACAAGUGUUCACACUGUGACAAGAGAUUCAGUCAGUCAUCAAAUCUGAAACUACAUGAGAGGAUCCACACUGGAGAGAAACCUUACAAGUGUUCACACUGUAACAAGAGAUUCAGUGUGUCAUCACAUCUGAAACUGCAUGAGAGGAUUCACACUGGAGAGAAACCUUACAAGUGUUCACACUGUGACGAGAGAUUCAAUCAGUCAGGAACUCUGAAAACACAUGAGAAGAUUCACACUGGAGAGAAACCGUAUCUCUGCACGACAUGUGGGAAGAGUUUCAGUCAUUCAGUUUCUCUACACAAUCAUACAAAAAACUAUCAUAACUUUGAUUGUACCUCGCCUGAACUAUUGCCUGUCUGAAGAUUACCCAUUUGCCUCGCCCUUUGGAUUACAUUACAGAGAGUAGUGAAAACAGCAGAGCUCAUAAUUGGACAUAAACUCCCAGCCUUACAGGAUAUCUAUCAAACUCACUGCUUGAAAAAGGCUCGCAGCAUCAUCAAGGACUGCACUCACCCUGCUCAUCACCUGUUUGCCUCACUGCCAUCUGGCAGACACUUACGAUCCAUCUGAUCAUGGACAACCAGACUGAAGAAUAGCUUUUAUCUUCAAGCCAUCAGACUGCUUAACAGCCAACUAUCCUUCAUCUAAAACCGGAAUACAUGCUGCCUUUAAGUUUAUUAUUUAUUGUACUUGCACUGCAACUUUUAAUAGUUUUUUCUUGUAGCUCUGCGAUAUUCUACAAAUACAUUUUGGACACUGCUCUACCCCAAUAUUCUAUAUUAGUAUCUCAGGACUAGUUAAAUCUCUUAACAAUGUCUACCCCUAUUGUAUCGGUUACUGCCACUUAUUUUUAUUUACUGCUCUGUCUGUGUUUAUUGUUCUGUCUAUAGUGACUUAAGUCACUCAAUAUCUCCAUACCAUCCAUUUACGUUUAUAUCUGUAUAUGUUAAUUUUUUUUAUGUGUGGGCCUGUUAUUGUCCUUGUAGUCUGAGCCUUGUCACAAUCAUUUCAAUGCCCAGUUUUUCCCAGUGUUACCUAUGCAAAUUAUAAAUAAAUGACUCUUGACCUCUUGACAUUUGCCAUCGAUUG